CUUGAUGAAAAGUUAACAAAAUAAAGAAAAAGAUUUGCGUUUUCUACUUUCAUAGUUGAAAAAAUAUAAAUAAUUAUUAAAAUAUUUCAAUCCCAGCAUUUAAAAUACGACCAAGAUGAGUAUAAGCAUUGUUUGUACUGCGGGUGCCGUCCCAGUACGCAAUGAAAAAGGUGAAUUGUCUAUGCAAAAAGUAAAAGUCCAGCGUUAUAUUUCUGGCAAACGUCCCGAAUAUGCUCGUGGAGAAUCCUCAGAAGAAGAAAGUGAUUUGGAAGAUUUCAUUGAUAAUCGCAAGAAAGCAGCAGCCGCAGCUGCGACAAUUGAACAAGAAGCUGCAUUAGCUGCACUCGCGAGCAAUGAAAAUGAAGAUGACGAAAACAUCGACGAUCCACGAUUGAGGCGUCUGAAAUCACGCUUCGUAGACGAAGAACCAACCGAAGUUCGUUUGGAACGUCAUCGACACAUCCAUGAACCCGAAAUUCUGGAAUCCGAGUCGGAAGAGUCUGAGUCGGAGGAAGAACCUGAACAGAGGCGAACUGAUAAUGAUAACCAAGCAACUUCGAAGAAGAUCACUCUAGCUUCGGACAGUGAAUCCGAUGGAGAUCUAAGUGACACUGAAAUCGAGGCCAGGAGACAGACACUCAGGCAGCGAAUGUUGCAACAGCAAAAGGAAGAAGAGGUUCUCCUUAAAGAAGAAGAAAACAAGUCUGAGUCCUCGGCGUCGGAGAGUUCCGAGUACGAAGAGGAAAGCGAGAGCGAGGAGGAGAACGAACCUCGACUGAAGCCACUCUUCGUCCGCAAACGAGACCGAGCUACUGUAAUAGAGAAGGAGAGGGAAGCCAUAAAACAGAAGCAAGCCGAAGCCGAGGCAAAGAAGGCAGCAAAAGAACGCAGACGUUACACUCUACGUCUCGUCGAAGACAGCAUAAAGAAAGAUCUUGACAAAAUCAAGCCCGACGCCGUCGAACCCCACAUUGACGAUGUCUGCACGGACGAUGAGAACGACGAGGUUGAGUACGAAGCUUGGAAGCUACGAGAACUCAAGAGAAUCAAACGAGAUCGCGAAGAGAGAGAAAAUGCGGAACGUGAGAAACUCGAAAUCGAUCGAAUGCGAAGCUUAACCGAAGAAGAACGUCGCCAAGAACUACGCCAGAAUCCCAAACUCAUCACGAACAAAGCUGCCAAAGGAAAGUACAAGUUCUUACAGAAAUACUAUCAUCGUGGUGCUUUCUAUCUUGAUGAAGAAAACGAUGUCUUCAAGCGCGACUUCGCCCAAGCCACACUCGAGGAUCAUUUCGAUAAAACUAUUCUACCCAAAGUCAUGCAAGUUAAAAACUUUGGACGCUGUGGCAGGACAAAAUACACUCAUUUGGUUGAUCAAGACACAACCAAAUUCGAUUCACCUUGGUAUGCGGAAUCUUCGAGUAACAUAAAGUUCCACAAUGAGAAGUCCGGUGGAAUGAAGCAGGUGUUCGAUAAACCUUCGCUAUCCAAAAGGAAGAAGGUCGAAUAGGUUUUUAUUUAGAUGGAAGUUUAGAUAUUAAGAGAUUUAGCAUUUUUUUUUUUUUAUUUAAGAUAAAAAUAAUAAAAAAAAAGAUAAAAUGGAAUGAAUUCCGGAA